AGCAUCUCGGGUCUGGUAUAUGAGCUCCUCGACUCCUCGACAUGUCAAAUCUCUUCAUUUAUCGAACUAUGGCUACCGUUGCAGGACGUGUUUUCGUUUAUGGAGGGAAAGGAGCUCUUGGCUCUGUUUGUGUUUCUCAUUUUAAGUCGAAAAAUUGGUGGGUAGGAUCUAUUGACAUGAAAGCAAACGAGCAAGCAGACGCAAAUGUGGUGGUGAAUUCAGAGCACAGCUGGAAAGAGCAGGAAACCUACAUUCUCAAUCAAGUGAAGGACAUUCUGAAAGAAGAUAAACUGGAUGGAAUAAUAUGUGUGGCUGGUGGUUGGGCCGGCGGAAAUGCGGCCAGCAAAGAUUUUCUGAGCAAUGCUGACCUAAUGUGGAAACAGAGUGUUUGGAGUUCAGUAAUUGCCGCAAGUUUGGCUGCUGCCAAUCUCAAAAAUGGUGGCUUUCUCUCAUUGACCGGUGCUAAGGCUGCCCUCGAAGGAACACCAGGAAUGAUGGGCUAUGGAAUGGCUAAAGCAGCCGUUCACCAACUCACAAAAUCUCUCGCUGCUAAAGACAGUGGCCUUCCAGCUGAUUCUCUUGUUGCUUCAAUCUUACCAGUAACAUUGGACACUCCCAUGAACAGGAAAUGGAUGCCAAAAGCUGAUACUUCCUCCUGGACGCCCCUUGAAUUUGUUGCAGAAUUAUUCUGGAAAUGGUCACAGAACGAAGAUCGUCCUGCAAACGGAAGUCUUUUGCAACUCGUAACAACGGACAAUAAAACAGAAGUCAUUCCAGCCUAAAAAGGAAAACACUCAUGCAAUGAAAAAAAUUGAAUUCUCAUUCAAUUUUCAUUCAUUAGCUUCAACAAGACGAACAUCCGAAUCUCCACGUUAAACGUCGACGUAACGUCUCCAUCACGGACAAUAAAUUGCUGGCCAAAAUUGUAACAAAAUUGGCAAUUCCCCUUUUAUUAAGUUAAUUUUUUUCACGAGUUUCUUUUUAUUAUACCAGAAAUGGCAUUUCUUCGGCGGCAUGUUUGAGGCUUCAAAAAUGAACAUGAAUCUCUAUAUUUUGCUGUAUAGUAAUCUGUGUGUAUAUAUAUGUAUGUAUAUGUGAAAUGUACUAUUAUUUCAUGACAAAA